AUGCGUUACCUCCUACGAACUCCAUCGUGUGGUCCACGGCAACGCAACCUUGGUGCCAGGGUGUCACCGGCGCUGGUCAAGGUAGUGGCCGGACAGGGGGGACGACUUCUGCAGCCGGCCGUGUACAAGACGGAGAGGGGAACCGAAGGUGCCAACGACGACAGCGCUACUGUCAGCGUCGCCGCUGCCUCUUCGUGGUCCGUGUUGAGCUGGGUGGAGAGGGAGAGGUUUGGGUUGGUAUCGGACCUUUCGCCGGACAAUUUUAUGAGAACGAACCCAUCAGCCAAUUGCGAGCUUUGUUUGAGUUCUUAAGAUCUGCAUGUUGCGUCGCGUCCGGAAGGAUGGAAGUAGGCGUUAUCUGCGACCACGCGCCUGAUGGAUCUGGGUAGGGUAUUUUGAAUUCCGUAGAAUGGGUCGAGAGAGCGUUGUUCUUGUUGGCUUCUAUGGAGUUUUGCUCUACUACGCUCUAGGGAAGCUAGCGCCCACUUAUGUGGCGCGCGUACGUGUCUUAUCUAUCUUGUGUGCCUGCAAUAGUGACAAGAUAAUUUGCUGUCUUCCACACAGGCUGUUUGUCGUACCCCGCCUGCCCCCCGCCCCACCCUUGGAUAUCGAAACGCCUUGCAGUUUCGUAAGCAGCGCCCACACGAGUGACGAGAUGGAAGCGAUGCAUCAAAUCAAAGGCUUUACGACACUCGGGUUAGCACCUUGUGAUAGUGUAUUUGAAUAGGUACAUUGUCCUUGUACAUUGUCCACCAUAUAUAUUUGUCCUAGAAGUAGCAACACAAAGCUUCUGGAAGGGUCUAGGUCGACUUGAACAACCAUCCUUCAUACCCUGUUGCGCACAGGUAGGCUGUUUGGCAGCUGUCGCGAUGCGCCAAACCGGGCAUUUGCUAAACAUGCCACCCGGAUCGUUCCACACUAUCAACCAUCGCCAUCGUACCUUUCCCCCCCCUACCCUAUUCCCGAAUCAAAUAAUCCAUCCACGCAAACUGACUGCGGCAGGCUGGGCUCCUUGGGAAGGUUGAUGGUGCUUGGAGUUGUUGACCCCAAGCACGAGGCGACAAGAUCCUUCCACAAGGUUUUUGUGGAUGUCGCCUCGGACAUGGGUGUGACGCACUCCGAGAGGCUCGUGUUCGGGACGGUAAACCGCGUCAAGAUGCCGGGUUUCAUGGAGACUUUCAACGUGUACGAGGGGCAUCCGCGGGUCAUAGUCAUGGACAUUGCGUCGGACGAGUUCUACACCUUGGAAAACAUGCAUAUUGAAGUUGGGGAAAUGAAGGCAUUCCUAAUCGCCGUCCUAGCAGGGUUCAUUCCGGCCCGUGCGCCGUCUACCAAUUCCACGCGGUACGCGAUGAAGAUCUGGUGGCUAGUUAAGAAGGGGGGUGCGUGGAGCCUCCUUCUCCUAAUCCCGGCGGUGGCACUAAUGUGGGUGUUCUGCGACACACCCCAAAGGGAGGAGGCACGGGCAGCUUUGCGGGAAGCCAGGAAGUCUGAGAGGGAUGAGACUGUUCGACGCAAGAACCAGUGAAUCGGCGGCAGACGCACACGCCUGCCUACGAGUGGUCUUGCGCACAUGCCUCCUUCCUUGGUGCGGAGAACAGCAAACAUCUGUAGGAUGCUAAGAGGUAGAUGCGGCAGCGUCGGCGGCACUUUUGAGCGAUUUCGUAAAUGUAGUGUACAGAGUAAGUAGAAGACCGACGUUUAGUGUAGCGUAUGAUCCGUCCACGGUGUUCGGGAUUUCGAUGGCAAAUGUGUGCCGCCAAUAACACAUUUUUGAGGCAAGGACCCUCCUGCUGAUUGUUGUACAUUGCACUGCCCGUGGACAGAGGUCUCCUCGGCAUUUGUCUAUGAAUGUUAUUACAGGUGUAGACUAAGUGUGGUGAACUCUCGUGUUUUGUAUCCCUUACCUGGCCCUCAUGCUUCGUGCGAUCAUUGAUCUGCGUGUGAGCUUGUCCACUUGUUCGGUGUUAUAGCAAAGAAGACCGAGGCGGUGUGUUUGUGUUGGUAAAUAUAGAUCUACCCUGCCCUCAUCUAGAGCAUGUUUUGUGCGGGGUUGAUUGUUAGAGUGUGCGCGUGAGGUGCCACCACUUGUCGGAUUUCAAUGGCGUUUUGGCGUUUUCCAACAACACUCUAUACGACAUGAUUGAUGUUUGAACGCUCGACCCUUGGGCAAGAGAGCAUUAUAUACUUAUACUUUCUUUUUGUCAUCGAUUGUUGCCUGUGGGACUCGUUGUCUCUGCUCCGCAGCAGUGUUGACUGCCAGGUAGUGCUGUGUACAGCAGUAUUGGAUCUCGUUCCGGUGGGAGUCAUGUCUGGUCGGCAUUAAAAAUAUGCACUACAUGACUUGACCAUAUACUGUACUCCUAGAACUAUAGUCUUACGCUGUCUGUUGUCACGGCGAUUGCGAUGUAUGCGCUGUUCUUGGUUGUUCAUGCUAAGAUAUGACCCUCCCUGCAGCUCACAGCAUGCACGCUGCCAGCAGUGUUCAUGCCGACAUUCAAUGAAGGCAGGCAUACACCAUAGAAAGCUAGCCGGCGUACAUCUUCGGUGAACCGUACGGUCCACGCAGAUAGGUUACAAUGUAGAUGAUCCCUGGACAAUGUGAGUCUUCUUGUUUGCAUAGGCAGACGACGUGUGGUAUCCAUGCGAAAUAUAAAUAUCGACCGCCGGGCCGAAGAACAACGCCUAUGAUCUUCCUACGAUGAUCCUACAUGUACACUAACCUACGGUAGGUGGUCCAUCAGUCAUAGACUAUGGCAAUCCUAUGCGUGCCCUUUUCGUAGUUAGAAGAUAAAGAUUCCGAGACAGGCACAGCUGAGCGCUAUCUCUCGAAGGAUCUACUAUGAGACAUUUGUUUCACAUGACGAAUCCAUGAUCCACAUGAACAUGAACAUGAACCUGCUGAUGCUGCUCUUCCCUCUGUCACAUGGCCACCCCUACCCCUGAAAUUUCUUCAUACCAUCUGCGAUCCCCUGACGGUCUGACAGAGAGCUGCUGCCCUUCACAUCAGCCUCUCGCUUUUCCCUGAAUGAAGACCACCACCACCACGGGUGGGGCUCAUUUAUAAGUACCCUCCACGACAUACAAUCCGUUGAUCCAUCACAGGAUUUAAAGCAUAGAGAGGCCGCAGCCACAGGGGCAGCAGGAAAAGAAAAGGGAGAGGAGAGGUCGACGAAGAAAAGCGAACUUCGAGUAGUUCGAGCCCAACAGCAUCAGGUAUCUAGGCGAUAGACAAACAACACGAACGGCAUCGCACAAUCGCACAAACGUCCAGUCCAUCAAGUUUCUUCCCCUGAGAGGAGGGAAGGGAGAUAGAGGGCGAAGAGGCCCUCGGCAUAUGGCGUUGCUUGAUCUGGCAUAUCCUGCGCACGUCGAGCAGCGCGCGACGUACGCCUCCGGAUUUCCGGGAGGCACGCCCAGCAGCAGCA